AGUUGUUAGAAGACUGGACGAGACUUAAGAGCACUGAUUAAAAUUCAAAUAUAAACCAUUUUCAAGAUGAGUGGGUAUUUCAGUUCCGUUAAAAACGUAUUUAUUAAAGUCAUAGGAAAAAAUGGCAAACAGGCACUAAAAAAACCACAAACAGCAAUUGAGCAACUUGCUUCUAUCUUGGAUUACGUAAAUUUGGUUGCAUAUCCCUGUAAUCAAGAACUAACUAAAGAUUGGCAGAUGGCUUUUAGAGGAAAAUUGUGUCUUGUUUGGCAAUUAUUCAUUCUGUGUUUGGAUGUCUAUUCAGGAUACAUAUUACUGCCACAUCCCCUCGGUAUUGUGAUGUCGGCUGGCGUUGCCUUUUCAGUAACUAUCAUAGCCAAGUUCGUCAUUGUUUGGUACAAUCAGGAAAAGUAUUAUUCUUUAGUCGCUUUCAUUAUCGAUGUGUUCCACCGAAAUAAAACAGGCUUGAGGGAGCGCAUGCUGUUCAAUACGACACAAACAAUUUUUCAACAUUUCAAAGUAGUUCGAGCUGCCAUGUCUGUUGGAAUUACACUGUACUCGUGUUACCCGCUUUACGACUUCUUUUUCCGAGGAAAUUUAACGAAAGUGUCUCCGAUAAUGUUUCCAUAUUUGGAUGACCAAGUUCUCCAAGGAUAUUUGAUUUCUUGUGCACUGAACAUCGUCUGGGUCGGCUGGAGUCUCACUGGCGUCUAUGCUGUCAGUUGUAUGUUCCUGUUGUAUGUGGAUGUGUAUGAUGCACUUGUGUCGCUAGUCGAGGACGAUUUAAAUGCAUUCGAUGCCAUGUGGGAAACGAAAUGUGUCGACAUCAAAGGACGGAAAUUAGCAUUUAGAAACAUAGUGAUGGAAUUUAUGGAUAUAGCCAGGUAUAGCGUUUACAUGAACGAACGGUUCAACUUUAUUGCAACUAUACAGAUGGGGUCUACACUUUUCUCGCUCACAACCGUACUUUUUGGCAUACUGAAGGCUGACUACAUCAGUGGUAUCGGUGCCAGCGUCUACUAUGUAACUGAAAUUUUAACAUUUUCUUUUAUCGGACAAAUAAUGCAAGACACGACUGAUAGAAUCGGUGAAGUUAUAUGCAAUACAAAUUGGUAUAAUUAUGACGUCAGCUAUCAACAGGAUUUAAUGCUCCUACUGGGUAUUAUGCAAAACGUCUCAUGCGUUCGUAUUUGCAAUGUUUACCCAUUGAACUUUGAAUUGGGUCUCUCGACCCUAAACACGGUUUACAAUAUUUUCAUGUUUUUGAUUAAUUCCGCGUGAAAAGAUGAAGCCAGAAGAAAAGCAAUCUUUGUGCUGUUUCAUUUGAAACAAAGUUUAGCUCAUUUCAACGAAACUUUGAAACAAAUACAGAAAAUUCAC